AUGCCGACCCAGCUUGCCAGUUCUUCCGCGAGACCCGAGCGACUCAGCCACCGGGGCAGGAAGCUCAGAAAGGACAUGGCAGAGCUUUGUGGGCCCAAGGCUCAGGAGGAGGAGAAACUGCAGGCCCUGCAGUUCCAGGUAGACCGCGGGAACCACAAGCUGGAGGCUGAGCUGGAGAGCCAGCACCAAACCAGGGGACGGCUGGGUGCCCUCCCUCAGCAGCGGCUGGACCAGUCGGAGGACGUGCCAGCAGAGGUGGUCAGAAUCCUUGAGGUCUCCAGGGCAGCAGCACAGCUCAGCAGCCUGGUCACCGACCUGGAAAGGACAGCCAAGGAGCCAGACGCCCGCACACUGCAGAACGCCAGCGACGUCCUGAGCAGGGGUGCUCCACAGAAAUUAGACGUUCUGUAUCCCGAGCUGGAGAAAAGAGUCAGUGAAUCACUUCUCCAGCCACCCCCAGCAGCUCUGACCUGUUCACGCCUGGGCCACCUCAUUUCAGGCUCAGCUCGGCCUCCUCCCUCUCCUUCCUCCAACCUGUCCAGCCCCCAUUAG